AUGGAUUUAGAAAUAAUUAUUUUUACAGUUGAGUUAACGAUUCAACAAUUGCCAUUUGAUGAUAUUGAGCUUAAUCAACAUCUUUUUGUUACAGGUGUAGCAGAGUAUUUUAUUAAUCAUUUAAAAAUUGGUGAUAAACUUAUUCAAAUUAAUGAUGAGUAUGUUUCAACAAUAGAUAUUUUUGAAGAAAUUAUGGAAGAUUUAUUAUGUAAACAGGUAACAUGUCAUUUUGAAAGAAUUGUUUGUAAAAAUAAUGAUUUAAUACCAAUAUAUGAAAUUGAAAGUAAAUCAUUACAGUUUGUAGAUAUGAAAGAAGGGUAUAUUUAUUUUGGUUUUCGUUUAACAAUUACUAAUGAAAAUGAAUGUAUGGGUUUCUAUCUAAAACAUUAUCAAUCUAAAGUAUUAAUAACAAAAUUAACUCCAAAUUUUAAAUUAUCUAGAUGUUUAUCUGUAGGUGAUCAUAUUAUUGCGGUUAAUGAACUUCGUGUUAGUAAUAAACAUAUAUGUCAUGAUAAGUUAAUUAAAAUGUUAAGACAAUAUAAUUGCGCAAUUUUGAUUAUAGAACGGCCAAUAUCAAAUGAAGCUAAGAAAUGGACAUAUAAAGCAUUAAAUUCUAGGUUAGAUAAUCCAGCAUCUGUAAAAAUGAAAGCUGAUGUUAGAGAUAUUGCAAUGAAAAUAAAAAAUGAAAUGAUACUUUGUGAUAGUGGAUAUGAAAAAACUGUGAAGUCAAUUUUAAUAAAAAAUCCACCUACUGAAUAUCCUAGUGGUGAUGAUACUCCUACAGUAACAUUUGAAAAAGAAACUACAGAAUUUAAUAUUGGUACUGAUGUCUCAGCAUCUAAAAAAUUAAAGAAAGUUAAAAAACCAACAAAAGCACGAAUCCUUGAAAAUAAGAAACCAAAGAAGAAAAAAAGGAAAUUUUGCUGA